AUGGACGAGGACCUCCUUGAGGCUACCAACGCGCUCACGCUGUCGCCUCGCAAAGACAGGGCUGCUCUCAUACAAGUCUCUCGCUUCUUUGCUGACUGUCGCAGCAAAACUGCACUGUCACCGACAGCUUCAACUCCACAAAAUCACAUAGCGAUCCAUGAUCUCGCUCAUGCAGCGCACAAGCGAAGCUUUGCCGAAUUGAACGAGCGCCUGGCUGCGCCUGGCAACGAGCAAAGCAUGUCGAAACGCUCUAAGAAGCCUAAGAUCGAGUCCAGAGUGACUCGGACCACCAGCGUUACCGCCAGCCCUUCAUCAAAGCGUCUAGUCAUCCCAGACCAAAGCCAAGACCAUGGCUCGAAUGCACUUGCAUCGAUUGUCAUAUCGGACAGCGAAGACCAAGAUACCGCCGCAGGUGAAGAAGUAGAUGAUCCUACGCUUGACGAAGAAUCGCCCGACAGCUCUGCCCCACUACAGAGCCUAGCCAGACGAUUCACAUACGAAAGUCCGGCAAAGUCUCGACCUCUCCGCAAUGUAGGCUCAAGUACCGUCAAGCCUGAACCGCUCAAACGAAUUGCAGACUUACAGCAGCCCUCGUCUUCAUUUGCAUCAUCUGCAUCAUCUUCAGUCAAUUCAAGCGCCAUCCAACAACACACCUCGGCAUCCACAUCAACAGAUUCCGCCCCGAAACGCGCCCCGAAAAAGCCAAAGGCUACGAAGAAGCUCAAACAUCUCACCAUCAAGCUGAGGAAGACAAUCGAGGAGGCCCAAAAAGCCGGCAUUGAACCUUUGGACCUCUCCAAAGUCUCCGCCACAGGCCUCCGUCUCGUCAACCGGUGCCCCUUUUGUGCUGGUUCAUUCACCAAGUCAGCCGCCGCCAAGGUCAAACAAGAGCACAUGUCACUCUGCGCACCACUCAAUGGCAUCACACGUAGCACAGCAGCAUUCGAUACUGUAGCGUCCGACAUUCGCAGCGCUCAGAAGCGUGACGAAGAGGCAAAGGACAAGGCUCGAGACGAUCGUACUGUGUUCCAGGACGUGGUGCAAGAUGCCGGCAUUGUGCUCCAUGAAGGCAGGGCAAGUCAGAUCGAAGCCUCACUCAAGAAGCGCGGUAAGGACUCGAUCAUCGUCAAGAAGGCCAUAAAGCGUCCAGCCAAGGCGCCCUUGUUGAUCUCCGAGAAGCACUCUCCCGACAACGCUCUUGGCUCCCACACUGCUGCAAUCAGCCUAAUCAGCGCACAGAAAGCUAAUUCUAGGGCUCGCAGCUUUGCAGAUCAAAUUUUCGGUGCAAAGAUUUCGUCCACCCUCGUAGAAUCAAUGGGCUCCAGCAAGUCUGCAGAAGCCGACCAAGGCAAACUUGACGUUGAUCCCACGUCACAUCCUCCCGAUAUCGUCGUCCCUACCACCCCGAAAAAAGCAAAGGCUCGCGCUCUAACGCCGCUCCAAGGUGGCGGCUUCGAUCCGAUUGAAGGCGAGAUCGAUGAGACUCAUCAGCUUCCAGUCGUGUCCGCUGAGCAAGUUUUUGCCUCCCUCUCAGCAUCUGGAAGCCCACAAAAGAGUCCGAUCAAAGCGCUUCAAAAGUCUCGUGAGCGACGAGCUUCCAAGGACAACGAUCUUUCAUUCGAUUCCGAAGGCUCGGAGCUCGGGCUUGGCAGUCCCAACUUGCUUACAACACAGCAAUUCGCUCCUUCCAAGCUUGCCCACCGUCGCGGUGCUUCGACGAGAAAGGAUGGGCCCAGUCUCUUUGCUGCCGAGACGACCACAAGAUCGUUGCUGGAUCUUGUCAAAACGCAUCGCAGGUCAGAGUCAAGGGAAGUUUCCGCCGAGCUCAAGCGCAAGCCGGCUGAAGUCGAUGAAGGCGAGCGAGCUCAUGACGCGAAACGGUGCAGGAUGGUAGACGAUGAUGACCCAAUGGACAUGCAGCAACGAAAACCGGGUCUAGAUUCGAAGCUCCCUUCGCGGGAAGCUGUUGCAAACGGUGACAAGCAAGCAUCUCCUGGCGCUGCUCCCAACUUUGCUUCCGCAUACGAGUCAGACAUGGACAUUGAUGCUCAAGCUGUCGAAGCGGUUCUAUCCCAAUCUCAAGACCAGGGUCGCUCUUUCUCUGGUAAGCUGCAAGAACAUGACCUCCAGAGCACAAGAAACCGACCCGCAAGUCUCGACCAAGUGACUCACAGUUUUGACGCACAAGCUUCACCUCAACUUCAACAGACCCCGAACACGACUGAAAGCGUCGACCAUUUUCGUGCUGACGCUAUCGACGAAGCCUUGGAAGGCUUCGACACGGACAGCAUCGCAGAGGAUGACGAUGAAGAUGCUCAAUCGUUUCUCGAACUUCUCGAGCCUCUUGAGAUUCGGAUCAACGCACCCUCGCCGCCGUACAGCCUCUCCGAACCUUCUUCUGAGGAUUUGGACGAGCCAAACUCAAGAAACAGUGUCUACCGAAAUCAUAGAAUACUGGACGCAAUUGGUGGCACCUCCGACACCAUCGGGUCACGUCGGGAAGCGAUCGAUGUCGGUAUUCCUCCCGCCUCUCAAGCACGACCCGCCCUACGACAGGGAUUAGUCGUAUCAAAGUCUGAUCCUGAAGCGAUCUUGCUCACAGAUCCAGGUUCUGAUAGCAGUGCUUAA